UUCAUCCCCUCAUCCUCAUUGGCUGGAAGCGUCUAGAGGAAGGCCCACCUCGAGAGCGUAGUGUAACAUUUCCUUCAACGAUAUUUCAAUCUACUACGCAAUUGAACCAUAAGGACCAACAAGGUGUUUUCAAAGAGGGGCGAAGAUGGAUGUUUUCAUGAAGGGGCUUUCCAAAGCUAAAGAAGGCAUGGCAGCGGCCGCCGAGAAAACCAAGGAAGGCGUUGCGGUGGCUGCAGAGAAGACCAAGGAAGGCGUGAUGUUUGUGGGCAGCAAGACCAAAGACAGCGUCGCAACAGUGGCUGAGAAGACAAAGGAGCAGGCGUCUCAACUGGGAGGAGCUGUGAUGUCCGGGGCGGGAAAUAUCGCCGCGGCCACGGGCCUGGUGAAAAAGGACGAGUUCCCCACUGACCUGAACCCUGAGUUUGGUCAGGAAGCCAAAGAGGAACAAAUGGGUGAAGGUCUCAUGGAUCCCGAGGGACAGACAUAUGAUGACUCUCAGCAGGACAACCAAGAUUACGAGCCAGAGGCGUAAACGUCACAUUCCAAGUCCGAGUUCAGCCAGCAGCACAAAAAGUUUAUAUCAAUAACAAGUACAAACCUUAAAUCACAAAAAAAAGAAAAAAAAGAAAUAUAUUCCAGUUAAUCCUGCCGAGAAAUGUUCUUCCUAUCAGAUAUAUAUACUUUUAUUAUGAUAUAUUGUAAAUGUCAUGUUCUGACAGUAAAGUGUUGGAUGUAGCUCUAUGCUGACUGCCGGGGGCGCACUAUCUCGUUUCCUUGACUCCCUCCCAAUGAAACGAGAGCCGCUCCCCCCAUUGUGACUCUUUGUACUUGUGUAUCUGCAUUUCUAUAUGUAAUAGAUGUUUCAGAUCUUCCAAUAGCAUAUUGGGGGUUCAAAUAUCUUCGGGUAAAUAUGAUAUUAUAUAUAGCUGUGUGCAAUGCCUGUUUGUGGGAAUUUUUUUAUUUCUUUAAUAUUAAAGCAAGUUGAUUAUUUCAUGUUUUUGAAGUAAGAGUUUUAUACGUUGUAACUUUAUAGUUGCUUGUGAUAUCAUUCCAGUGGACUAUUUGUUAGAAGUUGGGCAAUUUGUAUCUGUUUGUGUGUAUGUAUGCGUUUGUGUACUGGAGAUUUUGAAGGUAGUGUAAAUGUGUCUUGAAAAUGUUUAUGGAUGUCAAUAUGUGCUUUACAAUGCUGGAAAUGUCAAUAUUGUCAUUCAAGACAAGUGAAUCCUCUGUAAAUAAAAACAAGCAAAACACA